AUGAGGUUUCGCAGCGUACUCUCUAUAUUAGGCGCAGUGUCGCUGAUUUCGCCUGUCAUAGCGCGAUCCCAAGCCUCAGAAGCGAUCCGCCAGAUCACCCCGAUCGAUAACGUCGUCAUCCGCACCCCUGCACACAAAAUAGACCACCUUUCACACUUUGAUCUAACCCUCGAAUUACAUCGCGAUGGGACGCGUAUCAAGCUAGAGCUAGAGCCAAACCACGAUAUUCUUGCCGACGAUGCUUUCGUGCAGUAUAUAAACAUCGACGGGUCAUUAACGGACGGCGAGCCCAUCCACCGACAUGAACACAAGGUCUUCCGCGGUCGGGCGCUAGUGGGCUCAGGGAAAGGCCGAUGGACGCCAUCCGGCUGGGCUAGAGUUACGGUCCGACAGGAUGGAGAGAACCCGUUGUUCGAGGGCGCGUUCAGUGUCGGACACGACAAACACCAUAUCGAGCUGCAGUCGACCUAUUCCGCCAAAAAGCGACCCAUUGAUGCGAGUAUCGAACUCAGAGACCGAGAUUAUAUGAUCGUGUACCGUGACUCCGAUAUGAUUCGAAUGCAGCCAGAGCACCCGGACCUCAGGCGGUCUUUGCCUGCCUCGACUGGCUGUGGAGCUGAUAAGUUGGACUAUAACGCUGAUUUGACCAAUUCCAUCUUUCCCUUUGGAAUUGGAGAGGACGAGGGCCGGUGGGGAGUUACAUCAUUGAAUUCGUUGUUCGGUCUGGGCAAACGACAGUCUGAUGUCGGUGGAAUUUCAGGCAACACGGGCGGCGUGAACUUGAAAUCGACUAUUGGAGACACUUCUGGUUGUCCAAAGACGAAGAAAGUAGCGCUGAUUGGAGUGACUACCGACUGCAAAAUGACGGAUUACUUUUCUGACAACACUACUGUGACGGCUAAGGUUGCUGCGAAAGACUAUGUGAUCAACAUCGUGAAUACCGCGUCUAGUCUCUACGAAGAGUCUUUCAACGUCUCUAUUGGUCUGCGCAAUCUGACCAUCACUGGGGAAUCAUGCCCAACCUCGGAUAAUGAGGCUACUCCAUGGAACGUUGACUGCGCGAGCGGCAAUCUCACCUGGAGACUCAACGAGUUCUCGAAAUGGAGGGCUGAUAAUCAGGAUAGCAACGCCUACUGGACCCUUAUGACGGCCUGUGCUACUAAUUCGGAGGUCGGUGUUUCCUGGAUGGGUCAGCUAUGCACCUCCGACUUGACUAGCGACGGGUCUAGCUCCGUCUCUGGGGCGAAUGUCGUGGUUGGCAACGUAGGCAGCACAUGGCAAAUCUUCUCUCAUGAGACCGGUCACACAUUUGGAGCUGUCCAUGACUGCGACUCCCAAACAUGUACUGAAGGGCUAGAAGCCUCAUCCCAAUGCUGUCCAUUGACAUCGUCGACGUGCAACGCCAACGCCCAAUACAUCAUGAAUCCAUACGCAUCAACGACCAUGACCAAUUUCUCGGAGUGCACAAUUGGUAACAUCUGUUCCGCCAUUGGUCGCAACAGUAUCAAGUCGACUUGUCUUACCGACAACCGAGGCGUCACAACGAUUACUGGCAGCCAAUGCGGCAAUGGCAUCGUCGAAGCGGGUGAGGACUGCGACUGCGGCGGCACAGAAGCCUGCGGUGACAACGCCUGCUGUGACCCCACAACCUGCAAGUUCAAAUCAAAUGCCGUCUGCGACGACUCAAACGACAGUUGUUGCUCCAGCUGCCAAUUUUCCUCAUCAGGUACAGUCUGCCGCGCCAGCACCGGCGUCUGUGACAUUGCCGAGACAUGUACCGGUAACUCCAGCGCUUGUCCAAGUGACCAAUAUCAGAAAGACGGCACCAGUUGCGGUUCUUCAGGUCAAGGCCUUGCCUGCGCCAGUGGUCAGUGUACAAGCCGUGACUACCAGUGUCGCUCUGUACUAGGUACCAUGCUCAAUAGCAAUGAGUCAUGGGCCUGCGGAAACACAAAUGCCCCAUCCUGUAUGAUCGUGUGCGGCGCUCCACAAAUCGCCGAGGAAUACGGCUCCGCGACCUGCAUCGAGAUGAACCAGAACUAUCUCGAUGGCACGCCCUGUGACUCCGGUGGCCACUGCAAUAACGGUCAAUGCAAGGGUUCCUCGGUAGGCGGCUGGAUCAAUGACCACAAGAACAUUGUGAUUGGUAUCUGUGUCGGCGUGGGUUGCUUGAUUCUUCUCGCUUUGCUCUACUGUAUUACAAACUGGUGCCGAAGAGCUAGAGCACGCCAGCGUAUGGCUAAGGCUCCUCCGAUGCGUUAUGCUGGUCCGCCGCCUGGAAUGCCUCCACAGGGGAUGCGAGGACCUCCUGCUCCGAAUCAGUGGGCCGGGUAUCCUAAUGGAUAUCAGAAUGUCCCUCCACCGCGCGUGCAGUAUGGGUAA